AUGGCUGCACUGCGGAGGCUUCUGUGGCCGCCGCCUCGGCUGCCGCCGACGCUGUCUCUUCACCACCCCUUCCUCGGGCCGUGGGGGCGGCCUGCGGGGACGGCCCCGGGCCUUCCUGGCCGGCCCUUCUCCUCCUGCGAGGAUGAGGAGGGGUCCGUGGCUGCGGCGGCGUGGAGGCGGCGGCGGCGCUGGGGGGAGUUGAGCAUCGCGGCGGCGGCGGGCGGCGGUCUUGUCGGCCUGCUGUGCUACCAGCUGUACGGCGACCCCAGGGCCGCCUCGGCGCGGGCGCCCCCCGAGAGCGCGGCCGCGGAGCCCCAGGACCCGCCCCGAGGCCGGGGGCUGCUUCCCAUCCCGGUGGCGGCUGCCAAGGAAACGGUUGCUAUUGGUAGAACAGACGUUGAAGACUUAGACCUUUAUGCUACAUCUCGGGAGAGACGAUUUCGUUUAUUUGCUUCUAUAGAAUGUGAAGGGCAGUUAUUCAUGACUCCAUAUGAUUUUAUUUUGGCUGUUACAACAGAUGAGCCCAAAUUUGCUAAUACGUGGAAGUCCUUUUCCAAACAGGAAUUAAACCAGAUGCUCUCAGAAACACCACCGGUUUGGAAGGGAUCAUCAAAGCUGUUUCGAAGUCUUAAAGAAAGAGGUGUGAUUUCUUACACAGAAUAUCUUUUUCUUUUAUGCAUUUUAACAAAGCCACAUGCAGGUUUUAGAAUAGCUUUCAACAUGUUUGACACUGAUGGCAAUGAGAUGGUGGAUAAAAAGGAGUUUUUGGUGCUUCAAGAGAUAUUCAGGAAAAAAAAUGAAAAGAGAGAAACUAAAGGAGAUGAAGAAAAGCGUGCAAUGCUGCGUCUUCAACUUUAUGGAUACCAUUCUCCUACUAAUAGUGUACUUAAAACAGAUGCUGAAGAACUUGUCUCCAGAAGCUAUUGGGAUACACUGAGACGUAACACAAGCCAAGCACUCUUUUCAGACCUUGCAGAGCGUGCUGAUGACAUUACAAGUUUAGUAGCAGAUACUACACUUCUUGUACACUUUUUUGGAAAGAAAGGAAAAGCUGAACUCAACUUUGAAGAUUUUUAUAGAUUCAUGGAUAACUUACAAACAGAAGUUCUAGAAAUAGAAUUCCUUUCCUACUCUAAUGGAAUGAAUACUAUCAGUGAAGAAGAUUUUGCUCAUAUUCUUUUACGAUAUACAAAUGUGGAAAACACAUCAGUAUUUUUGGAAAAUGUGCGUUACAGUAUACCUGAAGAAAAGGGCAUCACAUUUGAUGAGUUCAGGUCAUUUUUCCAGUUUCUGAAUAACCUAGAAGACUUUGCAAUAGCCCUCAAUAUGUAUAAUUUUGCAAGUCGUUCUAUAGGACAAGAUGAAUUUAAACGUGCUGUCUACGUAGCUACUGGACUCAAACUUUCACCACAUUUAGUGAACACUGUCUUCAAGAUUUUUGAUGUUGACAAAGAUGAUCAAUUAAGUUAUAAAGAAUUUAUUGGAAUUAUGAAAGACAGACUCCAUAGAGGAUUCCGGGGUUAUAAAACAGUCCAGAAGUAUCCCACUUUCAAAUCCUGCCUGAAAAAAGAACUUCAUAGCAGAUAAACUGAGUAUUGCUAUGUGCCCUAGGCUGCCUAGAACUUCGGAACUCAAGCAAUCCUCCUGCCUCAGCCUCUGGAGUGCUGGACUGCGGUGUGAGCCACCAUGCUUUAUCCUACUUCUUAUAGCCAUGCAGUAAAUUAACACCUUUUAAAAGCAGAAUACUUUUAUUUUCAAAGAAUGUAAGAAUGUGAAUUAUGUAAUAUUUAGUAAAUAAAAUUAAAA